GAAAAGAUAGUUUCUGAGCGCACUGUGAAAUUACUCGGUGUGAAUGAUUCUGAAGACGCGGCGGUUAGCAACAUACCGUAUGUUUCUAAGUCCCGUUAUUUGUCUUUAUCGAAAUUAUUGUUUUCUUAAAACAUGCUCGAGUGUAGUACAACUUGAUGAUAAAAAGGCGUAAGAAAACUUUAUGGAAAAAAAUAAUCAACAAAGAAGGUUAAUAUAAAGAUACAAUCAUGUUUUACGCACACUUUGUAUUGGCCAAAAAGGGGCCAUUAGCCCGAAUUUGGCUAGCUGCUCAUUGGGAUAAAAAGUUAACGAAGGCUCAUGUUUUUGAAACCAAUAUUGAAAAAUCUGUAGAUGGCAUUUUACAACCAAAGGUCAAAAUGGCAUUGCGUACAUCAGGUCAUUUACUCUUAGGAGUGGUACGCAUAUAUUCACGCAAAGCAAAAUAUUUGCUUGCUGAUUGUAAUGAAGCUUUUGUUAAAAUCAAAAUGGCAUUUCGGCCAGGAAUGGUCGAUUUACCAGAAGAACAUAGAGAAGCAGCUGUUACGGCUAUUACAUUACCAGAAGUGUUUCAUGAUUUUGAUACCGCUAUGCCUGAAUUGAAGGAUGUUGAUAUUGAGGCACAAUUUAGUUUAAAUCAAUCUAGAGCAGAAGAAAUUACAAUGAGAGAAGAUUACGGUAGUCUUUCUUUAGUAACGCAUGAUCAAGGAUUUGGAGAUAUGAGUUUUGAUGCAGAGCCGCCUGAAUUACUUCGUCACGCUGGCUCUAUAGAACCAUCUUUAGAUCAGAGCCAUAUGCUAUUCAGUGAUGGGCCAGGUAUAGAAACAGCUCUGGAACAAAAAGAGAAAGAACCAGUUGCAGGAACAUCGGCAGCUCCACAACCUAUGGAUAUAGACACCCCAAUUAGAGAUGAUGGUUUUGGUGGUCAUCUUGGUCAAGAUAUUAUAUCUGGAGGCCUAUUUGAAGGAGGAUUAUUCGAUGAAGCUCCAAUGGGUGAAGUUCCUGUACCUGAAGUUAGUUCAAUCGCAGAACAACAAGAAGCUGUAGCAGCACCAGGAACUGCAGUUUCUGUUCAUGAUGAAUCUGAGGAAGAUAUGGGUGAUCAUUUUGGACCAGCUGCAUCUCCAAUGGGAGCAAUGAGUUCUGAUGGUUCAAGACCAGCUACUCCAGCAGUAAUAGGAGAGGAAAUUGAAGGAAGAAUUAGUGUUGCUAGUCGUCGCUUUACACCUGCUCCUCCAACUGCUCCUGAAGAACAUCCAAUGGAUACAGCAGAAGAACCACAACCUAUGCAAGAUCAGACUACAUUAUUACAUGAUGAAGAGGAGAGUUUUGCUCUUGCACCUGUAGAUGCUUCAGCACUCAAAGGAUUUACAAAAGCUAAAAGAAAACGUAAACUUAUCGUGGACGAAGUAAAAAAUAUUUCUGGAGAAGAAAUGAAAGCACAACUUUCUGAUACUAGUGACAUCGUAACAACAUUAGAUUUAGCACCGCCAACAAAACGUUUGAUGCAUUGGAAAGAAACUGGUGGAGUAGAGAAACUCUUUGCUUUACCAGGAAGGGCAAUACCUUCUCGUUCAUUGUUUAAGAAUUAUCAAAGACAUUUAACGAGCAAAUCUUACGACCAUGAAGACUUUGGAAGAUUAGGAGUAGAAGAAGAAGGAUUAUCCUUGGAACAAAUGAGAGAUAACACUGAACCUGAUGCAGCUGCCUUUGAACAAAGUAUUCUUAAUAAAAGGAUGGCUCGCAAACGAAAAGCUCCACCAGAAGAAGAGCCACGACCAGCACCCCCACAAUCAAUACCAGCAGUUGAAAUUAGUCAACCUUUAAUUACCGCAGAAACAGUUGAAGUUCCAAGCAUACCUCCUCAAACUGUUUCUUCUGCCGAAUCCCCAGUUCCUCCUGAAGUAACAUUACCAGCAGAAUCAUCCGUACCAGAAAUUAGUGGUAUUGUACCUUCAGUUGAAAGUACAGAAGUUCCUGUAACUCAACCAGAGACUCCUUCAUUGGGUUUAGAAAUGCCUCAAAUACCUCCAGCUGAAGUUAGCUCCAUUCUUGGAGCAGCUGAAGAAGAAGCUGUACCACCUACACCUGCAGCACCCGUUAAAGUCCCUGCCAUGUCACCUUCUACAAUGCCACAAAUGGAGAAUAUUGGCUACGAUCAGGCUCAAUCACAAGUAUCGUACGUAGGCUAUGAUGAACAGCAUCCACCCGCUCAUACGCCUGGUGCUAUUUCUGAAAGAGGACCAGCGACACCAUGGAAUCAUGAAGAUUAUGAAUUUCCUCCAUCAGUAGGACCACAAGAAGAACAGCAAGUUGAUGAAACUUACGAGCAAUUCGAAGAACGUGUGCUCAAUAAAAGAGCAGCGCAUAUGUAUCAUGUAAUUAAAAGUAAACUGGAUACCAAAGACAAAUUAUCACUAUCAGAGAUGGCAUAUAAAAAUAAUCGUAAACAAGUUGCACAAAAGUUCUAUACCCUCUUAGUAUUGAAAAAAUUCCAAGUGUUAGAAUUGAAUCAAGAACAACCCUAUGCCGAAAUCGUAGUUACUAAAGGACCAAAAUUCGAGAACCCUGCAUUAUAAAAGUAUUAUGUACUUUCAAUUAACACAUCUUGUCUGAAAACACUUUUAAUGAAGGAACAAGAAUAUGUCAUCUCAAACUGUAAAAGAGGUGUAAAAGUAUAUUAUCUACAAUUGUGUGUAGAUGAACUGUAAAAAGUGUAUGCAGAUAUCUAGCAUGUUGUCAAGAUUCUGUAAUAUCCUGGGAGAACUUGAAAUGUGUAUAAUGUUCGACAAAUCAUGUUUUAACUUUGUAAAUAAUUGAAGAAAUUACUUUGCAUGAUGUAAAUCAUUGAAUAAGAGAAAAAAAAAAGAAAAAAAAUAUCUUUCAAUUACA